AUGGAGACACUGGUUCAAGACGUUCGAGACCUUCCUCUCAGUUUUACCGAGAACCUUGACAAACUCGGGGUUCUUGUCAACUUUGUUUCCCCUAAAGUGUACGAAACUUUGUCUGAGUGCGGUACGUAUGACGACGCUAUCAGUAACUUGAAAAGUCAGUAUGACAAGACCCUGAAUGAAGUGUUUGCGCGGCAUCUCUUGGCUACUCGACGUCAACAGGACAGUGAAACUCUAGACGAUUAUCUCAGGUCUCUACGAGUGUUGAGUCGAGACUGUAACUUUAAGGCUGUGACAGAGGUGCAACACUGUGAGGAAUAUAUUAGAGACACUUUCAUCAAUGGGUUGCGUUCGCCCGCGAUACGACAGAGAUUGUUGGAAAAUAAGACUCUGAACCUAACGUCAAUGUUUGAUCAGGUUAGGGCCUUAGAAUCCGCACAGAAAAAUUCUGAGUCUUAUCAGUAUGACUCUUCCCGUGUUGUGGGUGCUACAUCAGGAAAUAAUGAGGUUGUUACUGAGGAAUUAACAGUGGCGGCUGCUGUUGUUGAAAAAGUAUCGAAGUGUUUCUUUUGUGGAUCGGUGAGACACCCUCGGGCUAAGUGUCCCGCACGAAAAGCCGAGUGUCACAAGUGCCACAAAAAAGGGCAUUUUGCCAGAGUGUGUCGCAGAGCAAGUACGAGUGCCUCCGUUUCAUUAGGGGACAGUGCUACGCUGGCGACUGCGUCAUGUGCAUCGACUCCAAAUUGUCUAUUCAAGGCAGUUACUCAGGUUUUUAUCGGAGGCAUGAAAGUUGAUGGCUUAAUUGUCAGCGGAAGUUCUCAAAUCUUCAUUCAUCCUGACGUAGUUAGACGGUGCUCAUUAACCGUUGAACAAGCGCACUGUGAUGUGACCUUGGCUUCAACCGCUCACUGUACACCAAUUAAGGGGUGUUGUAGUGUGAAUCUUCAACUGAAUGGUCGUCAUUAUCCCAAUGUGAAACUUGCUGUACCAAGCCUUUGUUCUGAUGUUAUUUUGGGUCAAGAUUUCCGUAUGGAGGAGAAUUGCCUCCUUUAG